AUGAAUCUUAAAGUACUUCAUACCCGUCUCAAAAAUAUGCGAUCUUGGAAAUGUGGAAAAUCGGGGAAAAUUGAAGGUAUCAGAGAAUUCAGGCUCGGAUUAUUUUAUUUAUCUGAUCGCGUCGAAAUAAAAUAUCUACUUUGCUUCAAAAAUCUUGACUUGACGUUGGAUUUUACAAAAUCAAAGUUAUUACAUCAUAUGGAGGUGGGAUCGUAUUUCAAUAAAAACCACAAAGGUUUAAAAGAAGCUAGAAAUGGUACAAAACCAAAAAUUUAUUUUUCAGGCAAAAUUCAUCGUCUAAAGAUCGAAUUAAGAUUGUGA